GUUCUGCCCUACACUGGAUGGUGAAGACGCACGAAAUCUAUAUCAGUAAGGGAGCCGAGGCAGCAGCAGCCAAGUACAGGGAACAACUCAAGAGCUUAAGACCACACCUGACUCGCCUCGCUAACACAACCACUGUUGUCUUUAAGUUGCAAGACCAUCUUCAGAGAGCUAUUAUCAACAACUCGAAGGAGGCUGUCAGAACACACAGUAACUAUGUGUUGUACAACGAGAUCGCAGUACAAGAGUUAGCAGGGACGGGCGUGGUCGUCUGGGACAGUACUGUACCUCUCUCUGAUGGCUACGCCAGAGAAUGUAUCAGAAGCCCCAACAAGCAGACUCCUCCAUACUUCCACUGGAAGUGUCAGGAUCUCGGCCACGUUGGCUUCAUCUUAGUUGACCAGUACGCAGAUAUGGUGAUCAAUGAUUUUUGUUAUAAACACCUUAAUCAUUGAGGAACGAGUUUAUAAUGCAAUUUUUUCAGAUGUUAUAGCAGCAUAUUUUCAGGUCUGGGAAAUUCUUACUUGUCUGUUUGGUUAUACGAUUUUUUUACUUGGAUUGUGGAUGUUAAAUCUUGAUGUAUGGAAACAUCAAAACAACGAGUAACAUCAAUGCACAAGCACUCACAGGAUAUACUGUAUAUACACCGAGAGGUGUAUUUCUAUGCAUGUAUAUACUACUAGGAGUUUCUUAUAAUCUCUGUUUUAGAAAUUAAAGCGACCUUAUCAGGUGUUGAGAAGUUUACGUGCAGCCUUAAUUACCAAAGUGUAGUUGCUAGGCUUGAAACUCCCAUCAACCAACCUAACCGUAAGUACCUUAAAAAGGAAAGGGUCCUACUUUAUAAUUUACAACGGGACAAUAUAUGCAUAUUAUGGUGGGUUUUGUUAAUCAUAUAACAAUGCAAUUGGAAUUAGUCGUUUAUUGGUUAUCAUAGGUGUAGGGGUUUUCAUGUAUGGGUGAGGAGGGAUAUUUGUGUUAUCUCAAGUUCAUGUUUGUGUGGUUGUUAAUGAUUUAGUCUGUGUAAAACCUGUUUUUGUCUUUAUCUAUCUCUUGUAUUGUAUUGUUCUAAAUAAAAUAUAAAAAAAAAGGAAAGAUAACACAAGGUUUGUAGUGAAAUUAAUGACAUAAGUACAGUUAAUUAGAGCCGUGCUUUGUGCUUGACAGACGAAAUAUCGAGCCUCCACAACUUGAGCAUGAUCCAG